AUGACCAAAGAUUCAAUACUAAAUAGCAAAUGCCUGCAAUUAGAUGAAAAAGCGAGCACGUUCUCCCAGGACACAGACAUAGACACUGCUAUACCCAUCUCUGCAGGCUCCUGCUCGGAGGGUGCUCUGUCCCGACCGGGACGGGCGCUCCCCAGCAGCUCUCUCCCGAGGACGAAGGGAGGACGCCCUGCCCUUCCCCGCCGCCGGGAGGGGGCCGAGGCGCGGGCUGCCCCCAGGGCAGGGGUAGGAGCAGCAGGCAGGCAGGAGCCGCCCCGUGCGGGGAGGAGGCAGCGCACGGGCGCUGGCUCCUCUCCAGGCAUUUCCACCCCGAGAGGUAGCCCCGGCGCUGCAGCCCUCUUCCCUUCCCUGCCUCCUCCCUCUCUCGCUCCCUCCCCCUUCCCCACCUCUCUUCCAAAACCGCAGGAGCCGCCGCGGCCACGCUGCACUCUCUCUGCCGCCAGCCGCGGAGCGGUGCGAGCGGCCCUGGCCGCAGGCACGGCCCGAAGCGGGACCAGCCCCGCCGUCUCCCCGCCGCCCCACUGCCAUGGCCGGGGCCGCGGCCCAGCGCUGAGGAUGCUGCUGGGCGCCCCGCGGGCGGGCGGCUGGGAUCGCGGCCGGGUGGGCGAGCGGCUGCAGGCGGCACUGGCCGGCCUCCAGGAGCUCCAGGUGCUGCGGGAGCGGCAGCGGGAGCUGGUGCGGGCCGCCCUGGCUAUGCCGACGGGCGAAGGCGAGCAUCCUCUGCGCGCCCACAGCAAGGAGCUCCGACUGGAGGCCACCCUCACCGCCCUCAAGGAACAACUGUCUCGCUUGAGGAGACAGGAUGUCGGCUUGAAAAGCCACCUGGAUCAGCUUGACCAGCGAAUAAGUGAGCUGAAACUGGACGUCAGUAAGACUUCCAGUGAAUACUUGGACAGCGACAGCCGCCCCAGCUCAGGCUUCUACGACCUGAGUGAUGGUGGUUCUUGCUCACUCUCCAAUUCUUGUACCUCUGUGUACAGUGAGUCCAUCUCCUCCUCCCACACCAGUCUCUUGCCCAGCUCUCAACACCCUAAAGCGAGGCUCAGUGUGUUUGAUUACCGACCCAAGUCUGCAGAUGAAACUACUGUGCACAACACGAGCUUCCAACAGCAGGGAACCUAUGUCAGCGAUGGAUGUCGGAUUACAGCAAGCACGGACGUUUCUGGGACUCCUGCCAGGUCCAGACCGAGGCCAGUUUCCACAGGUGACUUGGAGAGACUCAUUCCAGCAGAUGCUAGAUUUCAGAAAGAGACAGAUCCCAAAUCCUCAUCGCCUCUGUGCCAUGCAGACUUGCACUUGCUCAGCAUGGACCCCAAGUUCCAGAAUGACUUGGUCUCCAAGAAUGGCAUUGAUGUGUACCCUUACCCAAGCCCCCUUCAUGCAGUGGCUUUACAGAGUCCCCUUUUCUCCCUAAUGGGGACAUCCACAGAAGCAGACCUCCAGGCUUCCCCCAGCAAACCCAUGCCUAGUGUGACAGGUCCCACCUUGAUUAGGACUAGGCCAACCACCGAAGCCAAAACAGGGGGUUACAUCAAUAAAUUACUGCAGCUGACAAGAUGCAAAGGGAACAAUCGAGCCGAUGCCAGCGAGCGGGUUUCAACAAAGAGCCAGCCAGCCACAAUGCACCAGAGACUCAUUAUAACCCCCAGUGCCGGUGGAGUGAAAAUUAACAGCAGCAACAGCCAGCUGGAAAAACAAGCAAGUUCUCUGGAAAGUAACAAAGCUGAAGGAAAGCUGCAGAGAGAGCUGCCGGAGGGGGAAUGUGCCAAGCUGCAGGAGGCCAUGCACUGUGUGAAUGAAGAGCAGCCGUCCGGUUUCCCUGAUGCAGAACCAUCAGCUGUGAAUAGUUGUCUUCCUGCCAAGUCUGCUGCAAGGGGCUCUCCCCUGGCAGAAGCAAGGGAGAACAGUUUGGAGCACAGUUCUUCAUGCUCACAGCUGUGCCAGGAGGACUCCAGCUUUUGUACCUGGAACGCUAAAGACACCCCACCUAAAAAGUUGUCCCUCAAAAAAUGUGGCAGUGCCAAAUUGGCUAAUGCUGGAGGUCAGGAGCGAGCAGCACGCGGUGAAUUUGUCCACGCUCAGUUUGUCCCUGCGGAAUCCCAUCAAGUCCGAGUCAAGUUUGCCAGCUCCAAAACAAAAGCAGUGAAGAUAAAGAGGAGAAACAGUGAAAAGGUACUACGUCCUGGGAAGCAGGCCUUUUAUUUGGAAAAGGUGAGAGGGACUCAUGGCACUGCCAGGCUGCCUGCUGAAUGGAAUCAGCCCCACAGACCACAUGGAGCGAAGAGCCUUGCCCGGAGACCUUCGUACUCUGGUGAUGUGACUGGCAGGUCAUGCUCAGAGUCUAGCUUGUUCCCUGUGCAGGUCAGGCUUCCCACUGUGCCAUCCAGGCCAGAGCUCUAUGGAGCUUCUGCCAAUGCACUCUAUUCCCUUGAAGCAACUUGUGAAGACACAGCCAGCAAGAAGAAGCAGCGCAAGUGGCAGUCCACAGUGGAAAUCUCUGCCAAGAGCCAUGGGGCCAGCCUCUCUGGUGGCUUUGGGGUAGGGGCACCAAGGCAGCCGGGAAGGAGAGCCGGUGUCCUGCGCACUGUCAGUAUGAGGGCUCGCCCCAAGAGUCAUCACCAUGGAGCUUAUGCCAAAAGUGAAUCAGACCAUUCUGAGUACUCAGCAGAGUGUGCUUCCCUCUUUCACUCCACCAUCGCAGAGACGAGCGAAGGAGAGGUCAGUGAUUUCACUGCUAACCGUUUUGGGGACAGUGAAUCCAGUGAAAGUGAUUCAGAUGACAGCAGUAACAGUAGCAGCCUUGCGCUUGACUAUGAUGAGGGGGAUGAAAGUGAGCUGAUCUGGCCUGAAGGAUCGGUCAGACAAUUGGGGACUGUCCAGGUCUCUUCCAAGCCUCUUCCCCCAGUGCCCAAAAUCUGCCGCAUCAAAGCUUCAAAGGCACUGAAGAAGAAGAUUAGGAGAUUCCAACCUGCCUCUCUGAAGGUUAUGACCAUGGUUUAAAGGAGAGCAAGCAUCUGUUUCUUGCCUUGAGACAUCCUGCUGGCUCUCAUUUGCAAAACAAGAGAACCGAUGUGCAGAGAAAAGGACUUGCUUAACGAACUUUGAACAACCUCUGAGUCGGCACAAGGGACCUUUUUGUUUGUUAAUGCCUGGAUAUAAAUGUCACUGUAUCUAAUUUCCUCUUUUGCCAUUUAUUCUGUAAAUACGUAUCCAUAUAUAUUGUGAUGCCUUUUUUUUUUUUUUU